AUGUCUAAGAAAGACACAGUUCUUGCGGGUGGCAACAUGUUUCUUCGAAGAAACAUGGGAGGAGGCUCCAUGACUGGAGUGCUUCGCCACCAAUAUUGCCCGGCUACGUCUCUGGAGUUCAUGGCGACUUUGGGACUUCGGUCGGUUUUGAACUGGCAGAUCACCAGGCAAAUAUCGUCUCAUUCAUCGGGCACGCUUAGCCUCUCUUACUUGCUGCGGAGUGGACACGUAACUCUGGGUGAAUCAUGGACGAGGCAGAUCGCUGAAAACACGACCGCAACUCUUUUGCUCUUUCUUGGUCCUGAUCCGAAUCAAGCGGGUUUAGUUCUGGGCUGGCAACACAAAGGAACCAAAAACUCGAUAAGCUCUGAGAUCAAAGCCGGUCCAGCAGCGGCAGGAAUCAGUGGCCAAGUCACCAGGCAACUGUCUGGCAAGUCCAAGGGGAAAGUUAGCGCUCGACUUGGGAGUACUGGUGUUGAGCUCGAGAUUGGUGGUGAGAGAAGUAUCUCUGACCAUAGCUCGGCUGGAAUGUUCUGCGUGAUAGGCCUUCAGGGAGUGUCUUGGAAAUUCAGGUUCACUCGAGGUGGCCAGAAGUUCGUCGUGCCGCUUUUACUUGCAGCGCGUUUUGAUCCGGUAGUGGCACUUGGUGCACUUCUCUUACCAUCGACUCUAUAUGUUGUUCUCAAGAAGUACGUCUUUAAGCCGUAUUUCUAAAAGAGAGCAGAAGCGAAGAAGCUGGAACAGCGAAAGUCGACAGUAACACAGGUUCAAGAGUCUCGGGCAAACGCCGAAAAGGCUCAAGAUCUUUUGAAAAACGUUGCUCAUUGUAAAGUUGCGAAAGCGGAGGAGACAGGAGGCUUGAUCAUUGCCAAAGCCAUUUACGGCGAUCUCAAGGCCCGGGAUGGAAACGUGUCUGGAGAAGACACCCCUCCAACGAUUGACGUGACCAUACCUCUGCAGUUCCUUGUCGACGACUCUGGUCAGCUCAAGCUCCACGCCGGA